AUGCCCCUGCGAGAGUUCAAAGGCCAUGCAGGCGUAAAUGCAGUCGCAGUUUUCCCCGAUAAACGACGGAUGGUUACGAGCUCGGUCGACAGGACCCUUCAUCUAUGGGACUUGAAGACAGGUGUUGUGUUGAAGAAGAUGGAGGGGCAUAGCAGUAAGGUGUGGGGAUUGGCGGUAUCACGAGAUGGGCAAUUGAUAGCAAGCGGUGAUGGUGGUGGAGAGCUCAUCGUCUGGCACGGCGAGACUGGUGAAUCCAUCACCAAAAUUCAAGGCCACCCCGAUUGGAUCUCCUCGUUGGAUUUUUCUCCUGAUGGAACAGUGCUGGUCAUUGGUUCAGGUGACGGAGAAACGAUAAACCUGUGGAACACCAAAACCUGGCGGCAGCAAGGAAAUCCAAUCAAGUGUGGUAGUGCUGUCUACUGCGCACAAAGAAACGCGUCGCAUCCUUCGAGGGUCACAGGAAUCAACGACUCAGUCGUGUGGCCGCCCAACGACACACGCCUUCUCAUAUAUGGUAAUAAUCCUGGUCCUACCAUAUGUGAAUGGGAUACAACAACCUGGAAGCAAAUCGGUGAUCCUUGGACGGGCCACUCUCAUUCUAUCAGUGCCAUUGCCAUUCACCCUGCUGGCACGUUAGUUGCAUCUGCAUCCUAUGACAACCAAGUCCGUCUCUGGCGGCUCUCAGAUAGACAAACCAUUGCCAUCUUCAAGCACAAAUCCUCGACAUCAUGCGUCACUUUCUCCGUGGAUGGCAAACAUAUCCUCAGCGGAGGUGAGGAUAAGAUGAUAUCAGAGUGGGCAAUACUAGCUACCACGACUGCUCAUACUGCAUGCAUAAAUGGAGACUUGUCUACCGCCGAAGAUCUACUCACGCAAGAUAUCGACACCGAUCCGAACAACUACACUGCCUACGCUCAUCGCUCAUUCGUUAUGGCACGAAAACACGACUGGGACCACGCCCUUCGGGAUGCAAUCAAGUCCAUCAGUAUUCAGUCCUCAUUGAUAGGCUAUAUCUCCAAGGGCAUUUCCCUCUGCGGAAAAGGCCGCAUCCCUGACGCAAGGGCAGCAUUUGAUGUUGCAUCAAUGUACACGAACCAAGAUCCACAAAUACUCCAUUUCCUGCUCUUGAUCAAAGUCAUUGGCCUCUUCGAUGCAGGUCAACAUGACGAGGCAAACUUGCUCCUUAAAGAACUCACUACCAGUUGUCCAAAUGCCGACAUUCACGCAUGUCACAUCGUACAAGCAUAUCUACGUGUUCAACUCGGACUUAAAGCCUUGGAUGGUGCAUGUCACGAGGAAGCCGCUGACCAUUUCACUGCUGCUCUCCACUCCAGUGCUUUAUCAUCGAAAUCGGAAAUUUAUGAAAUGUAUCAGGAUUUGGUGGUGAUCUUCGGAUGGGAUCUCAAAUCAUUGUGGUUCACUGCACACCAGAAACGCUGUCAAGCACUUCUUGAGGCAGAUAAACUUCAAGAUGCCGUGAAAUCAUUCCGAUACAUGAUGGACAAUAUUGACGGAACAGCGAAGGCCAGCUGCCUUGAAUGGUCUAACGGCAAGUCUGGAGUUUCUUUUACGAAAAAAUGCAGCGUGCCCUUUCUUGCCAAUGGAGAUGCCGCCCUUGCUGCAAGCGAUUUUGACAGGGCUAUUGACUUCUACUCGGCAGCGAUCGAUCUAACUUCUCCGAAUCUAUCUUAUGCUGUCUUUACAAAUCGUAGUAAGGCAAAGUUGGGGAAAAUGCUGUGGAUGGGAGCACUUCUCGAUGCGCAGAAGGUCAUUCAACUCAACCCAUCGUCUCAUAUUGGAUACAAGUUGAAGCAUGCAGCAUUUCAUGGCGCACAACGCUAUGAUGAGGCUAUUGCGGCCUUCCAAAUUAUGCUCUCAAAAUUGAAUAACGCUCCCGACACUGAGACACGAAAUUUGCGCCAGCAGUAUCUCUGUCCAUCUGAAGUGGACCGUACUAUUCGAAAGGUCAUCGAUGCUCGACUUGAGAAUGCUCCGCUGCGUGUACUCGACACCACCACUGGUCUCUUAUGUGAUCGAGAGACGCAGAUACGCACCUUCAAAACGAGCAUAGAGUACAAGGAGCUUGUGUCAUCAACAAUAACGCAUCGAAUGAAGCCCAUCAAAGAAGUGGUGGUGACGUACUUCCGAUAUGUCAUGUUAUCACACAGGCGGGAAGGGAAGGAGCCGCUACUACAGGAUAUCCAAGGCAAAGUCGUCUAUAACUUGGAUCCAGUUGGCGGCAUCAAGUUGCAGUCCUUUUGCAAAACUGCUCGUGAUUUGGGAUAUCGAUGGGCGUGGUGCGAUACAUGUUGUAUUGACAAGAGCAACGAUGUCGAGCUCCAAGAAUCGGUCAACUCCAUGUUCGUCUGGUAUCACCACUCUGCGCUGACGAUUGUAUACCUAUCGGAUGUUCCACCUACCUCAAAGCCUGGCGCACUGGCAAAGAGCGCUUGGAACACAUGGGGAUGGACGGUUCAAAGAUUUGUCGCUCCCAAUGUCGUUCUAUUUUACCAGAAGGAUUGGACUCCUUAUCUCGGCGAUCGCACUCCAAACCACAAGGAUUCCGUCGCGAUUAUGCAGGAAUUGGAAUUCGCGAUGGGCAUGGAGAGACGAGUCUAG